AAUUGUUCAAAUUAAUUGACAGUCAACGGCAUUUUUUUAGGAUUUUAGUUAUUUUAGUAUUGAGCCUAAAGUUUCCCGACAUUUUAAAAAAUCAAAAGAAUUGUUUUAUAAAAAACACUAUUAAAUCGUUUUUUAAUAGUUAUUCGACUCGAGUACCCUCUCGUGACAAUUCACGUCGAUAGAAAGCGAAUCUUACACACACAGUCAAACCGCAAAAUCUGAUCCUCCGGUCUUGUAACUUAACCUGUGGAAUAAAAAGUGUAUCAAAUAAAUAUCAAACAAAUUAGGCGACUUGUGUGGCCGUGAGAGAGAAAUAAUUCCGCAAUUCAAACGCAUAACCGCGCAACACGGUCAAAAUGGUUUUUGUGCUGAGUGAGACGGUUCGUUCGCGAAUAUUAUCACCAACAAAUCAACAUUUAAUUUUCCAGUAGUUUAAACAUAAAAAUGACUUCAAACUUAACAAAAUGACCCUUACGGCCCCAAGUCAAAAACUAUUCUACCGACCAGGUACGAUCGAAGAACAAGAGGAAGAUUUGACCAGCUUGGACUCUUCACGUCUGCAUCUCAACACUCCCGAUUCGCCAUUGCUCUUCAGAAAUGGACAGCGGCUACUCACAGCGCCCACGCAGAUUAGCUUGGCCAGGAUAUCCACCUGCAACAGCUCUUUAUCGCACGUGCCUGGGACGCUACGUCACGACAGCUCCAGAAAGUCAUUUCGUCCAUGUGCAACGAGGAAAAUGAGAAGGAGGGCUGUUUUUAAAAAUGGCGACUGUAACAUACUGCAAGCUAGAUUGUCAAAAAGGCGGCUAAGAUUUCUGCAAGAUAUUUUUACGACUUUGGUGGAUUCGCAGUGGAGAUGGACCCUUACCAUUUUCGCUAUAGGGUUUUUAGGAUCUUGGCUAAUUUUCGCACUUAUAUGGUGGCUGAUAGCAUUCACCCACGGGGACCUGGAACCCGAGCAUCAACUGGCUGACAGUACCUGGAGCCCAUGCGUGUUAAACAUACACGGCUUCACGUCUUGCUUCUUGUUCAGUAUUGAAACUCAACACACUAUCGGAUAUGGUGUAAGAACCACCACAGAAGAGUGCCCGGAGGCCAUCUUUAUCAUGUGUCUGCAGAGUAUAGCCGGCAUGAUGAUUCAGGCCUUCAUGGUGGGCAUAGUGUUCGCCAAAAUGACGCGACCCAAGCUGCGCACGCAGACGCUGCUGUUCUCGCGCAACGCGGUCAUCUGUCAACGCGAAGGCUGUCUCUCUCUCAUGUUCCGCGUCGGAGACAUGCGCAAGAGCCACAUCAUCGGCGCCAGCAUAAGAGCGCAGCUGAUCCGAGCCAAGAAAACGAAAGAAGGCGAGGUGCUGGCCAACUUCCAAACGGAGCUGGCCGUGAACGCAGACGGCUGCGACAGCAACCUGUUCUUCAUCUGGCCGAUGACGAUCUUGCACAAGAUCGACGAAAACUCGCCGUUCUAUCAUCUCUCCGCCAGCGAUAUGCUUCAGGAUAAGUUCGAGAUUGUCGUCAUUUUGGAGGGGACCAUUGAAAGUACCGGGCAGACCACUCAGGCUAGAUCCAGCUAUCUGGCUAGUGAAAUUCUGUGGGGUCACAGAUUCGAGCCACUGGUGAGUUACAACAAAGAUAGACAGGGUUAUGAAGUGAACUACUCCAAAUUCGACAACACCCUGGCAGUCGACACACCUUUAUGUUCAGGGGCUGAACUAGCAGAAUUCUAUAGAAUGCAAGAUAUGGGUGACGUAAACGAACCUGAAGAACUAACUAACUAAACUAACGCUUUUAAGUGCUAUAGACCAAAAAUAACCAAAUAGUAUUUGUGAUAUAAAAAGUUUAUUUAAUAUUAAAUAAAAUAAACGUUUUUUUAGAAAAACCACAAACAGAUUUUAGGCUUAUUAACCCACCUUUCAAGGGAUCCCAAAGAGAAAACGAAAUGAAUGACAACCAGGAUGACGACAAAACAGGUCCAUUCCCAGUGUAAAAAAAUGUUCGAUAAAAAAUGAUGAAAUCAAAUGUAUUUUAAUGCCUAAUUUAUAAUUAAUAAUAAAUUAUAAAACCUA